GGACGGCAGGGCGGAGUUCCAAAGUCACGUGAUGCUGUGCCGGGAGACGUACCAGCCCGCCCCCUGGUGUCGGGAGCGGGAGCACAAGGUCGAGGUCAAACAGUGCACGGUCUGGGGCGCCGGCGGGAACAAACACAGCACAGAGACCAGGCCCAACAACUACAGGAUCACGUACAUCGACGAACACAAUACAAGCGACCCCGCCUUCUGCCCUGUGGAACAUGGUGCUCUGUGUGGGAUGUCUACGGGCAGACACGGACCUCCAGAUCUGAGCUGCCACAUGGCAGAAAUAUCUCUACACAAAGAUCUCUCGGGUCACUACAGCAUCGAUGGGCGGAGGUGAAGAAAGAAGGAAAGAAAGAAAGAAAGAAAAAGGAAAGCGAUGACCUGGCUAUCGUGUUCGGGGUUGUUUUUUUUUGGGGGGGGGGGUGGUGCUUUUCUUUACUAACGCGCUCAAAUAAACCGUGUAACAUCAUCACAACA